AUCGCCGCGAAUUACUGUGUCCUGGCGUCAUCAACGUUGUUGUGGCUCGAUAUUUUGCUGACCCUUGGACUCGAGGUUCAGCGCAUGUGGCAGCGGAGGUUCACGGGUGCGACGGUCGUUUUCCUCCUCACGCGGUAUAGCGCCGCUCUAGCGAGGGCGUUCUUCGUCUCAGAGGUGCUCAGCUGGACGGUGAGCAACGCGACAUGUCAUAGGAUCACUCGCGGAGACGAUGUCCUGCUGGUCACGAACUACUUCGCGUUUGCUGCGUUCACGAUUCUAAGAGGCUAUGGGGUCACUUGUUUGGAUUGGAGACCACUCCUGGUCAUCGCUCCUCUUUCCCUCGUGAAGCCAAUUCUCACUAUUUAUGAAAGCACCAGGUACACCGCCGUUCAAGGAGGCUUACCUUACGGAAUGAACGUCGGCGAAUUUGCCAUGACUACUGACGCCUUAUAUUCCGCAGUCAUCGUUGCUUCUGAGACGACCACGAUCGCCGCUGAUCUCAUCGUCAUUGCCCUUACAUGGAGGAAGACCUUCAACGUACAUCGCGACAUGGCUCGCUUAGGGAUCCGCACCACCGUGUCGUCAUUAUUUCUUGUGGACGGUAAGCUGAUGCCGUUUGUUAGCAUUCUUACUCUCAUUCAGGUCGCGACCAUGAUUUCUAACAUCGUAGACUCGGUGCGUCACCACGAAUUAUCCUUCCUCCUUGUUUGGGCGUACUUCGGUGAUGUCCUUGUCGUGAUCUUUCAUUCCCGCUUCAUGCUCGACCUCCGAGGCCUCUACUACCAAGACAGCGACCCCGCGGAUCCGACGACCACGAUUCAAGAGACGACGGUCUCAGCGAUCGUCGGCAACAUGGGCGCCACC